GCCCCACGAUCAGGCUUCCAUGUGUGUGCCAUCUCGUACCCAAAGCAGAAAGGAAACACGGGGAGAGAGUGAGAGAGAGAGAUAGAGUAGAAUGGCGGCAGCGUGUGCAGAUGGUCCUCGCUCCCACCAUGAGGAAAUGAGGAAGCCUGCCCCCUUCCACCCGACUCUGUGGGGAGAUUUCUUCCUUUCUUACCAGCCGCCGACUUCAGCAAAGGAAUCUCAAAUGCGGGAAAGGGCUGGAGUGCUAAGGGAAGAAGUGAGGAAGAUAAUCAAAGGCUUAAACGAUCUGCCAGAAAUGGUGGACCUUAUAAUCACGCUGCAGCGACUUGGUCUUGACCACCACUACGAGGAUGAGAUAAACAAGCUGUUGCACGUUGUUUAUAACUCCAAUCACGAUGGCGGUAAUCUGGACUUUGUUUCGCGCCGAUUCUAUCUUCUGCGUAAAAGUGGCUAUAACGUGCCAUCCGAUGUAUUUCUGAAGUUUAAAGAUCAAGAAGGGAAUUUUGUUGAUGCUGAUAUUGGAAGCUUGUUAAGCUUAUACAAUGCAGCGUACACGAGGAUUCAUGGAGAGACAUUGCUUGACGAGGCAAUUGCUUUCGCUAGAAGAUGCCUUCAAGAUGGAUUGAAACGUUUGGAAUCACCACUGGCAGAGGAAGUGUCUUCUGCCCUUGAUACACCUCUUAUCCGAAGGUUUGGAAUUUUGGAAAUGAGGAACUACAUUCCUAUUUACGAAAAGGAGCCUAAACGAAACGAAAAAAUAUUGGAGUUCGCAAAACUGAACUUCAACCUUACGCAAAUUCUUUAUUGCACGGAGCUAAAAGAGGUCACGCUGUGGUGGAAGGAACUCAGCGUCGAAUCAAACUUGAGUUUUGUUAGGGAUCGGAUCGUAGAGGUGUAUUUUUGGAUGAGCGGGGGAUGCUACAAUCCUCAAUACUCUCAUUCUCGAAUUAUACUUACGAAGAUUGUUGCUUUUAUUACAAUACUAGACGAUACCCUUGACACAUAUGCUACCACUCAUGAGAGUAUGCUGCUUGCGGAAGCAAUUGACAGAUGGGAUGAAGGUGCAAUAUCUCUCCUUCCAGGAUACAUGAAGGAUUUCUACUUAUAUUUAUUGAAGACAUUUUCUUCAUUUGAGCAUGAGUUAGGACCAGAUAAGAGCUACCGUGUGUUUUAUUUAAAAGAAGCGAUGAAGCAAUUAGUUCAGGCAUACAUGAAGGAAAUAAAAUGGCGUGAUGACGGUUAUGUGCCAGAAACAAUGAGCGAACACCUUGAAGUUUCACUUAUAAGCAUUGGGGGUGUCGCGGUGCUAUGUGCCGCAUUUGUUGGAAUGGGCGAUAUAAUAACAAAGGAGAUCCUCGAAUGGGUUUUGAGCGACGCUCAAUUUGUUAAGGCUUUUGGUAUAUUUGUACGGCUCACCAAUGAUAUUGUAUCAACCAAGCGUGAGCAAACAGAGAAGCACUGUGUCUCCAAUGUUCAGUGUUACAUGAAGGAGCAUGGAACAACAUGGCAUGAUGCAUGCCAAGAGAUGAAAGAAGUUACUGAAGAUACAUGGAAGGAUAUGAUACAACAAUCCCUUGUAUUGACAGAACAACCAAAGGUCGUGGCACGGACAAUUCUUGACUUUUCAAGAACUACAGAUUACAUUUACAAGACAGCUGAUACAUACACUGUUUCCCAUACGAUCAAAGAUACGGUGAAAUUGCUCUAUGUGGAUCCAAUACCAAUAUGAAGCAUGCUCAUCUUCGUUACCAAGAAUACCUGUAUGAAGCUUGCUAAAAGGACGUAUAAGUAAUUGCCAACUAUAUUGUACUUCUUAAAUAAGAACCAGUCAUGUUCAAGGAUGUGGCCUGGUGAUAUUACAAAAGAAAUGUAUUUUGCUCCCUUUCAACAUGUAACAACAGUACUAGUUGUUGUUUGCAGGAACUGUUGGAAAAUAGAAAUAUGUUACCAUCAAAUAAAAUGUAUUGUGUUUCCUCGCAAAUAAAUAAAUAAAAUGUAUUGUGUUGUGUUGCA